AUGCAGGACCUCAAGGAGGAGUACCACGAGGGUACUAUUCCGCAGGAUCAAGCCGUUCCGGCCACGAAGAGAGACCUAGACCUAGAUCUGGACCUGGAAAGGAACCCCAGCUUUGAGAUCAACUCCGACCAGAAAGUCCUCACUAAGCGUGAGAUCCAGGGCUGGCUGGCAUAUGCUGUCGCUGCCGAGCCGUACAGUGUUGUCUGUAUCUCUGCCCUGGCACCGAUUGUUCUAGAGGCCUUGUCGAGCGGGUACGGACGUCAACAUGAUAACAGAGACCUGCCCUGUAAUACCGAUGAAACGGACUACAAGUGCGUUGUGAAGGUUGGGUCCCUAUGGCUGGACACGGCGUCGUUCUCGCUGUACUGUAUCUCAGUCUCGGUCUUCUUGCAGGCCUUUGUCUUUAUCAGCAUGGGAGCUUUGGCUGACCACGGCACGCGUCGCAAGACCUUUUUGUUGACGUUCUCGUUCAUUGGGAGCAUUUCCACCAUCCUGUUUGCAGCCGUACGAACCGCAAGCCUGUACUGGCUUGCAGGAGUCCUGGUCAUCAUCUCGAACGUCGCAUUCGGAGCCAGUUGGGUCCUUUACUACGCCUUCAUCCCCACCUUGGUCCGUGAUCAUCCCGAGGUCGUAGACGCCCGAAAGAACGUUCGUUCAGGAAUCGAGACCACCUGGAAAGAUUAUCAGUCCAUCAAGGACAAGGUCUCGAAUUCCUUGUCCUCCCAUUCAAUGGCGGUCGGAUAUGCUGCGGGUGUGGCCCUGUUGAUCAUCGCAGCAGGGAUCGCGCUCGCGAUGGGACAGUCGACGUAUUCUUUGCAGAUCGGUAUGGCCUUAGCGGGACUCUGGUGGUUCUGUGUGUCGUUCUUCACGAUGAAGUUCUUGGCACCCCAGCCGGGUGAGCCGUUGCAUGGAGACGUGAAUCUGUUUCUGUACUCGUGGAGACGCCUUGGCAAGACACUGUACCAGGCCAGUCUGCUCAAGGAAACCUUCAAAUACCUGGUUUCCUGGUUCAUCCUCUCGGACGGUAGCUCGACCAUUAUCUCGCUCGCGAUCUUUAUGGGCAAGAAGAAAUUCCUCCUCAACAACACGCAGCUCAUGAUCGGUGCCAUCCUUGUACCCCUUUCUGCCUUGAUCGGCACCUACAUGUGGCUCUUUAUCCAACGCAAACUCAACCUGACAUCCAAACAGGCCCUCCUGGCGAUCUCGGCCGCCUUUGCACUGGUCCCUAUCUAUGUCCUGAUCGGAUUCUCGGACGUGUUCGGCUUGGUCUACAAGGUCGAGAUCUGGCCCUGUCUGAUCUAUUUCGGACUCAUGCUCGGUGCCUUCCAGUCGUUCUCACGGGUCAUGUACGCAUCCCUGGUGCCGAAGGGCAAAGAAUCCGAGUUCUUUUCGUUGUACGGGAUCACGGACAAGUCCUCGUCUUGGCUGGGACCACUGAUCACAGGAGCGAUUAUUGAGAAUAAUGAUACCCGCUGGGGAUUCGUAUUCCCGUUGUGUAUGAUGAUCAUCCCGCUGGCGUUGAUCGUCUGGGUCGAUGUCGAGAAGGGUAUCCACGACGCGGAGCGGUUCAGUGAAGAGCAUACGGAUGAGAAGGACGGGCUCGAGUAA